GGUACCAGUUGGUCGGUUUCCUGUCAUCCGACCGGUCUUAUCACUUCCGCUGCCGUUACUGCGACACGGUGCGUCAUUACCAAUGGCGGACAAGGAGAAGCGCCGGUCAGGAGCUACUCCUCCGGGGAUGCCUGAGGGCAAAGCCACCAAAUCGGACAGCGACAGGGAGUUUCUGAUGCAGGCUGGGGUGGGAGAGCUGCUCCGCGGGGCCAUCCUGAAGAUGGUGGAGGCCAGAUCGGACGAUCCAAUAGGGUUCCUGGCAGACCACUUCUGCAACAUCGCAUCUGUGUCAGAGACCGGCUCAGCUGGAUACGGAGAGGGGGAUCAGUUCAGCAACGGCCUGGUGAGCGCAGGCGCGCAGGAGCAGCAGCAUCUCAACCGGGCGCUGUGGCACCUGCGGCUGGCACAUCACUCCAAGAGAUCUGCCUUUAGUAACAAUGUCCGCGUGGCCUACGACCUUUUGAAUCUCACCGUGCCCCUGAGACAAUCUGGUGAGGCUCCUGAAGGCCCUGAUGGCUCCGGCAAUGACAGCCCAACUGGAGAGGGAGGAGGAGUGAGAGGAGGCCUCUACACACAGACUCUGCAGUGUCUGUGCAGCGAGGGUGGUGUCCCUGCCUCCACCUCUGCCCCUCUACUCCGUCGCCUCCACUGCCAGGACCAUGAGGCCGUACUUUAUGACAUCUUCCGUCACGGUGUGCUCACGUGUGCAGUUUUCUCAGACUACAUCCGGCAGGCUCAGAGGCUUUAUGCUGAAGUAUGCUGCCCAGAUGUAGGGCCUGCCUCUCGGGCCCUGUGCCUGGCUGUGCUGGGGACCUUAAAAGAAGCCCUGGAGACUUCCCAAGGCUGUGACGCAAACCCCCCUAAUGCUAACACUAAAACUAGCUCCUGUUUGGAGGCAAACGUGAAGGCUAUACGCUACCUGGAGGCCAGUGCCAAGAUCUCUCCAUACAAGAUAGCACAGGCCAUAGCUGGAGCCCAGACACGAGGCCCUGGUGGUGAUAUGGACGCUAAGGAGUUUGAGAAUGCUGCAGCAGAGCUUUUUAUCGCUCGUGUGAAAGUUGUAUCCUAGGUUUUACAUAACUGAUGAAUGUACAGAAAUCUAUAAAAAUAAUAAACUAAUAAUAAUAAUAAUAAUGAAUUAAAUAAGCCUUGUACCCUAACCUCUAACAACCAAGUCCACAUGGCGGCCAUUCCUCUCUUUCCCUAUGAAGUUCGAAUUUGGUUAUAAUGUUGUAGUGCUGUGUCUUUUGGUUGUAUUUUGCAUAAACGUUUGUUAUCUAAAGAUAUUUAGGAUUGUUACAAUUUUCUGAUUUGAAACCAACCAUAAAAGACACGAAGUGAUUUGUUUAUCUAUUAGCUACAUACUGACGACAGUUAAUUUUAGCAUUCAGCCACUGGUCAUCUAACCUAUCUGCAGGAAGCCAAAUUCAAGCUAAUAUUACCAUUAGCUAGGAAUGUUAUAUGCUUACAUAACCUCUUGACUGUGUUGUACUACAUGAUUGGAAAGUCUUAAAUUACGGUAUUGUUAGCAGGAAAUUUAAUACAAACUGUAGCUGUUGUUCAGUUGUAUCAAAUAAGUUGUGAAAAUGAUGCUUUUACAAUGUCAAAAAAAAAAAAAAACUCUUUAGCCUUAACUAUAUUAUAACACUUUUAGAGGUUAUGUUAACAUUUGGCCAUUUCCUGGCUAACAGUGAUGUUAGCUAAUGCUUAAGUAGCCCGGUAUUACUCUGAAAUGGCUCAAUGUCCCUCAAGGUAUUUGGGGUUUUAUUGUCAUCUCCACCACCGUUCAGAUCAAUGUUAGUGUUGGAAUGACAAUGAUUUAUUAGAUUUCCUGAACGCUUAUAUGACUUACUAUCUGAAAGACAGCAGAACAACAGUGUUUGAGCGCCACGCCAUGGGGGUGUGAUGUGAAAAGAAAAUGGCCGCCGUAUACAGAUUUACCCUUGUCAUGAAAUGCUUCAAUAAGAAAGUAACACUGCUUGUCUAAUCCAAUAAUAAAUAAAAAAAACCUGUUAUAAGUUC